AUGGAAACUAGUAGAAGCCAAGUUGUAAAGCUGAGCUAUACUUUGGCUCUAGGAAUACCUGAAAAUGUCCUAGUUGAAAUUCUCUCAAAACUGCCUGUCAAGUCUUUACUUAGGUUUCUCUGCGUCUCGCAAGAGUGGCAUGCCCUCACCAAAAGUUCUUACUUCAUUGCCAGACACCUUGUUCAUCAAUAUUCUAGCUGCUCCGAUCAGAGUCGUCCUUGUCUUCUCUUUCUCUCGAGCCUAGCUGGAAGCUUUGAAGAUGAUUGCAAGCCACGACUCGGAUUCUCGUUGCUUCGUGAUGAAGAAAUAACGUUUUUGGGAUUACCUUCCCUGCCGAACCUUACAAUCAAAACAGCGGCCCUAAAGCUCGUGGGAUCUAGUAAUGGCCUAGUUUUUUGUCAUGUCAUUGACACUGAAAAUUGGACUAGUACUACAGAAGAGAAGCAUGAUAUUGCUUCUAGAUUUAGAGAAUUAUUAUUAGUAUGGAACCCAGCAACACAACAAUUUAGGUGUCUUCCUGAACCUAAAAUUAAUAUUUCUUUGGAGCAAGAGGAGGAGGCUCCUUCUGUUCUUUUCGCUUUUGAUUGUGUACAUGAUCAUGACAUUAGUGAAUACAAAUUGGUGAGAGUUUUUUCUCAUGGGAAAGAGGUUACUACUUUUGAAGCUCAAGUUUUCAUCCGAAGUACAAAUUCUUGGAGGCAAGUCAAGGACAAAUUAGCGUUUCCAUCAUAUAAAAGUUGUUUUGAAUCAACUGCAACUACAUUGAAUGGAGUGCUGUAUUGGAAGGUAGUGCAAAAAUCCGAUGAGUGCUACGUUCUGUCAUUCAGUUUACAUGAAGAGGUUUUCAGCAUUAUACAGCUACCAAUAUGUAUACGUUACCUUAAUCGUGACGAUUAUAACUGGACCACAGUACCUUUAUAUUCAUGGAAAGAUUCACCUGCAAUUGUAAUAACCGAUUAUUCAGCCAAUGACAAUCCCAACAUAGUGUUUUGGGUGAUGAGUACCAAUGAAGAAUCAAAGAGUAAUACUAAUGAGAGUGGUACACAAAUGCGAACACCAACUUGGGUUCAACAAGUAAGACUCAAAUACUCAGUACUAGAUGGAUUUAGCAUGAUAGGACUUUGGAAGGAUCAAUUUCUUUUCACAUCCAAGAUAACAAAUGAAGCUGCUGGUGCCACAGAUGAUAUUGAGCCCGAAGACCUGUUUCUGUACGACCCCAGAAGUGAUACCAAGAGAGAGAUUGUGAAACAUGCAGUAAGGAUCAAGUUUAUACGAGUAGAAAAUUAUGUGGAGAGCCUACUUCCAGUCUAG